AUGUUUAUAGUUGAUGAGCUUGAUGAGCUUGAUAAGCAGGUCGAUAGUUUGACUUGUUGUAUAUAUAAGGGUUAUCUAGAUGAUCGCCCAAUCAUUGUUAAGAAGUUCAAGAGCUUGACCAGGGGGGAGGAUGAAGUUCGAUCCCAUGCUAUACGUGACAUUGUGAUUGCAACCCAAAUGAGCAAUCAUAAGAAUGUUUUAAAGCUCUUAGGUUGCUGUUUAGAGUUUCCUGUACCUGCUCUUGUGCAUGAAUACGCAGCACAUGGACCUCUCAAUGAUCAUGAAUUCCUACCUUGGAAGAUUAGGUUGCGGAUUGCUAAGGAGCUUGCACAUGCACUUAGAUAUCUCCACACUGCCCUUUCCAGGCCAGUCAUCCAUAGGGAUAUAGGAUCCCACUCCAUUUUCUUGGAUCAAGACUUUGUUCCUAAAUUCUCCAACUUCUCAAUCUCCAUAACAAUCCCUCCUCACCAAUCGCAUGCAAGUGAUGGCCGGAAAUACACAAGUGUGUACUCUGACCCUGAAUAUAUGGAGUCUGGUUCUGUUACUGAGAAAAGUGAUGUUUAUAGCUUCGGCGUGCUUUUACUAAAUUUCAUAACAGGGAAAAAAGAUGAAAGUGAUGUUUGGAGUCGAAAAUAUCAGACAUUAGUUAGAUAUGUGAAAGAUCAUGUUGUAAAUAAGCGGGGGACUAAAAUUGUGGAUCCCAAUAUUUUGAGGGAGGGAGGGGGAGACGGGCAAGCGCAACAAGUGGAAGCUUUUUUGACUCUAGCGUUGGCAUGCACCCGAAACAAAGGAAACGAAAGGCCUGAUAUGAUUGAUGUGGCAAAAGAGCUCAGGCGGAUUGAGAAGUCCAUAUGA